GACAAACUACCCGGCCCGGCGGCCCGCGCGGCCGCGCAAGCAGCAGCGCCGCAGGGGCCCCGGCGAGGCGGCGACCGCCUGCCUACGGGCUACGGAGCGCGCCGGCUUUAGGAAGGCACAUCAAGGAGACCCCGCCUUUUCUCGAGCACAGCCUUCUGAUCAAGGAUCAAGUCCCGAUGGUGCGCGGCAGCCGGAGAAAGGAGGGUUAAUUUCACUUGGAGAGGCAUGGUGGCUUCUUCUCCUGGCAAAUAAGCUCUGGGCGACGCGCUCCUGUUGUUCGACGAAAUGCCUCCGUGAGCGCAUGGCGUGGUCUCAGACUGCUGUAGGCAUGGGAAGCAACAGAGCUGAUGGUGAGCAGCUGGGCGUGGAUGGUUUAAGUGAGGGCUUUCCAUCAUCAUAUAGAAGACGAGCUGAUGGCAUCAGCUAGUUGUGUUGUCGGACGAGCUUUCCAUCCAACAGACCGGCACUCCAAAGCCGCGUGUCACUUGAUGAAAUGCCUCGUAAGACAGGUGCCACUGAGUUUGUUUGUAUGUUCAAAGUUCAAUGCAAGAACGGACAUCACCUGACACCUGGUCUCGAGAUUAAUAACAUACAAGUAUGGAGAACUUUGACUCAAUAGUUGGUUGCUCUCCUGGUUGUCCAGGUUUGAAUUCUUGAGAACCUCAAGUAGCAGGCAAUCUGCCAUGAACUGGAAGUCUAUGUCAUUUCAUUGCCCUGUCAUCAACUUAGACUGCAAUCAGUACAAUUCCCCUUUAUGCAAUUUACUAUCAUGGCUUCCAAGUGAAGCGAUUCAGAGCUUGAAAUUAUCAGGAAAUUGUGGUUGAAAACGAUCUUCAGUUUGACUGAGUUGAACAUAUCAGAGUUUAUCCAAUUAAAUGUCCUAUAUAUGUAGCCUAAGCAACCAGACUCCAACAAAAGAAGCAUUUGCAUUUCCAUUCUCCAUAGUAAGACAUGGAAGCCACUAUCUUCAGUUUGACUGAGGGUGCAGUGAGGAGUCUUCUGUGCAAGCUUGGCUGCCUUCUUUCCCAGGAGAGGUGGUUGGUACAAGGUGUGUAUGGAGACAUGCAGUUCAUCAAAGAUGAGCUUGAGAGUAUGAAUGCUUUCCUGCGCACCCUCACCAUGUUAGAGGGCCAUGAUGAUCAAGUGAGAAUCUGGAUGAAGCAAGUGAGGGAGAUUGCCUAUGAUGCUGAGGACUGCAUUGAUGAGUUCAUACAUCACUUUGGUGACUCAUCAGGAUUGGGCUUACGUCGUUGGUUAAUGUGCAUUCUUGACCUGCUUGGUUGCCGUCGUCGCAUUGCCAUCCAGCUGCAAGAAUUGAAGACCCGUGCUCGGGAUGUUGGUGAGCGGCGCUCACGUUACGGGGUGAUGCUUGCAAAGGCCCUAAUUCGGGAAUCCGGCUCGCAACUUUUGAAGCAUGCCUCUCUUCAUCUUGACCCACAGCUGCAUGCUCUCUUUACAGAGGAGGCACAGCUUGUAGGCAUUGAUGAACCGAGGAACACGCUUGUAAGAUGGCUAAUGGAAGAUGAUCCCCAGCUUCGCGUGCUAGCCAUAGUUGGAUUUGGUGGCCUAGGCAAGACCACACUGGCACGGAUGGUGUGCGAGAGCCCAGUUGUGAAAGGGGCUGAUUUUCAGUGCUGUCCAUUGUUCAUUGUGUCACAGACCUUCAACAUCAGGACCCUGUUUCAGCAUAUGAUAAGGGAGUUGAUCCAGCGACCUCACAAGGCCAUGGCAAUAGCAGGAGGCAAGUACGGCCAUUUCACAGAGGAAAACUUGGAGGGAAUCGAAAGGCUGGAGGUUGCAGUACUGGCUGAAAUGCUUAGGAGAUAUUUACAAGACAAAAGGUACAUUAUAAUCCUCGAUGACAUAUGGUCCAUAUCAUCAUGGGAGAGCAUCAGAUGUGCAUUGCCUGACAACAAGAAGGGUAGCAGGGUAAUAGUAACCACGAGGAAUGAAGAUGUGGCCAAAACAUGUUGUUCUCAUCCCCAAGAUUGGAUAUACAAGAUCCAGCGACUAUCAGAUGCUACAUCACGAGAACUAUUCUUCAAGAGGAUCUUUGGCUCUGAAGAUGAAUUACCAAAUGAUGAGUUGGAGGAAGUAUCAAAUUCUAUUUUGAAGAAAUGCGGGGGUUUGCCUUUAGCAAUACUGAGCAUUGGCAGCCUUCUUGCAAGUAAGACAAAUAGAACCAAGCAAGAGUGGCAGAAGGUCUGCGACAACUUGGGCUCUGAACUUGAAAGUAAUCCUACUCUGGAAUGUGCAAAGCAAGUCUUGACCUUGAGCUAUGAUGAUCUACCUUACCAUCUGAAGGCUUGCUUCUUAUAUCUAAGUAUCUUCCCUGAAAAUUACGAGAUCAAGCGGGGGCCUUUGGUGAGAAGGUGGAUAGCAGAAGGUUUUGUCAGUCAAAGGUAUGGAUUAAGCAUGGAGCAGAUCGCUGAAAGUUACUUUGAUGAGUUUGUUGCCAGAAGCAUUGUGCAGCCUGUAAGAAUCGACUGGAAUGGCAAAGUGAGGAGCUGCAGAGUACAUGAUAUAAUGCUAGAAGUCAUCAUCUCCAAGUCACUUGAGGAGAACUUUGCAUCGUUCUUACGUGAUAAUGGAAGCUUAUUAGUGUCCCAUGAUAAAAUUCGGCGCUUAUCCAUCCACAGUAGUCAAAACCUGGUGCAAAAUACAAGUACCAGUGUAUCUCAUGUUCGCUCCUUCACAAUGUCAGCUUCUGUCGAAGAAGUCCCAGUCUUCUUUCCACGGCUACAUCUGCUAAGAGUACUUGACAUGGAAGGUUGCAUUUGCUUGAGCAACAACGCCUUGAACUGUAUCUGCAAUUUUUUCCAGCUCAAGUACCUAAGCCUCAGAAAGACUAAUAUCUCCAAGUUGCCACGGCGACUAGGAAAUCUGAAACACUUGGAGACGCUGGACAUUAGAUCAACACUCAUCAAUAAACUACCGACCAGUGCAAAAAACCUCAGUUGUAUGAAGCAUCUGUUAGUUGGGCACAAGGAACAACUUACAAGAACAGGCAGCGUCAAGUUCUUAAAACAUUGCUCAGGUUUGGAGGUGGCUCCUGGGGUGGUCAAGAAUAUGACGUCCCUGCAAUCACUUGCCCAUAUAGUGGUCAAAGACCAGCCCUUGGUUCUACGGGACAUUGGUCUGUUGCAAAAUCUAAGGAAGCUUAAAGUCCUCAUCCGUAAUGUGGAAGUUAACUGGAAGGAGUUUGUUGGGUCUUUGGGGAAGUUGGCAAUCUUUCUAAGCUCACUCACUAUUCACAUUGUAGAUGGAAAGGAGUAUGGUUCAUCACUGGACAUUCUAGCUUUUGUAGAGUCACCUCCCCUACUCGUCACUAAUUUUAGCCUGACGGGCAAGUUGGGCAAUCUACCUCCUUGGAUAUCGUCGCUUCGAAGCGUGUCCAGGUUUAGUCUUCGUAACACUGGACUCCAUGCCGAGGCCAUAGAAGUUCUUGGAGACCUGCCAAACCUACUCUGCCUCAAGCUCUAUCACAAGUCGUAUGCUGACGACUGCAUAGUGUUUCCCCUCGGGAAAUUUACAAAACUUAGCUUGCUGGUGAUUGAUAAUCUGGAUAGUAUUGAUAGAGUGCACUGUGAGAAAGGUUCAUUGCCGAAUCUUGAGAAACUGACACUGUCAUUCCUACAAGAACCAAAGGACGGGAUCUCCGGUCUCAAAUAUCUCCAGAAGCUGAAGGAGAUAGAGUUCUUUGGUAACAUCAUAUCAUCUGUGGUGAGCAAAGUGGUAUCAUGCGUGAAGACACAUCCAAAUCAUCCGAGAGUUAUAGGUGACAAAUGGAAUAUUGUAACUGAGUAUGCCUAAGUAGCUAAGGCUCGACAGAAAUCGUUCAUGUAGAAUGUACUGAAGUCAGUUCCAUCAUCCAUUCUAUAUUCUAUUGCAGUGUAUGAGUUAGCUUGCAGCAAGGUUAAUGUACAUCUUUGGCAGGUGAAAUUUCAAUACUAUUUGUAUGAUUUGAAGUGAAUUGCUGCAGUCUUCUCCAUUUCAUCUACGUACCAUGAUACUCUUAAAGUGUACUAGUCUUGUUUCGUGGU